GAAAAUGUGAGAAGUAUGUAAACUUUGCAGUUUACAUCUAAUCCAAUCUAAUCUAAACUCAGUUCAAUAUGGAGUUAGUGUUUCAGUUUUUGAGAAGUGGCAUUUCCUACAGCAAUAGAACGCAGCAUCAGACCGGUUUCCAGGGCAACGGGAGACAACAGACAAGAGGAUGGUUUACAUCACAGAGGACAUGGUCCGUCGACGGGCCGAACACAACGAGUGUGAGAUCUUCUCCCUGGAGGAGGUUUCAUUGCACCAACAGGACAUCGAGCGGAUCCAACACAUCGAGCGUUGGUGUCGAGAUCUGAGGAUCCUGUAUCUGCAGAACAACCUCAUCCCCAGGAUCGAGAACGUCGGCCGCUUGAAGAAACUGGAGUAUCUGAAUCUGGCCUUGAACAACAUCGAAGUGAUAGAAAACCUGGAAGGAUGUGAGAGUCUCCAGAAACUGGACCUGACAGUGAACUUCGUGGGUCGCCUGAGCAGUGUCCAGUCUCUGAAAGCCAAUGUCCACCUUCGGGAGCUGUUCCUGGUGGGAAACCCCUGCACCGAGUUCCACGGGUACCGGCAGUAUGUGGUGGCAUCACUGCCUCAGCUGCAGUAUUUGGACGGAACUGAGAUCAGCCGGUCUGAGAGGAUCCGGUCCCUCCAGGGUUUGGAGGAGGUGAAGAGGCGGGUCCAGCAGCAGGAGGAGGAGUACAUGAGGAGGAGACAGAAGGAGAGGGAGGAGCAGAACCAAAUGGACCAGCAGAACCAGGUGGACCAGCUGAACCUAACGGACCAGCAGAACCAGGUGGACCAGCUGAACCAAAUGGACCAGCAGAACCAGGUGGACCAGCAGAACCGGAUGGACCAGGAGGCGGAGUUCUGGCAGACGCCGUGUUCGUUCACCCCCGAGUCUCGUCUGGAGGUUCAUCGAUUUAUGCAGGAGAAGAAGAAAACCAGGCAGAGGGACGGAGAGAAGACGCCGAAGACUCCAAGGACCCUGAUCACCGCUGAUGGACGAGUUCUGAACGUCAACCAGCCCAAACUGGAUUUCCUUCUGACUGAGGACGACGACAACAACAGCAUCAUCUUAGACCUGGCAGUGUUCAGACACAUGGACACGUCUCUGAUUGAAGUGGACGUUCAGCCGACAUACGCCAGAGUCAGCGUCAAAGGAAAGAUAUUUCAGGUGGUUCUUCCUGCUGAAGUGAAGCCCGACAGUUCCACGGCACAGAGGUCCCAAACCACCGGACACCUGGUCCUCACCAUGCCCCGGGCUGAAGGUGAAAUCAAUGUGACAACGAGGACAAAGGCCGUCCCACGUCCGUUGAGAAUGCCACAAAACCAACCCGGCAGCAGCAGUGACUCACCAGAGGACGAUAAAAGGAGAACAGCUGGUCCUGAGAAGCUGGAGGUGGAUCCCAGCCGACGCACCUCCGUCGACCUCGCCAACAUCGUACCCCGACGGGUCGCCAACGCAGGACCGCUGGAAACCCAGAGCCAGACGAGUCUGAGCGGCGUCUGUGGAGGGUUCGAGGACGACCCCGACGUCCCCCCACUCAUAUGAAACUCACAUGGACCAACGUUUCCAGCUGGAGGGUGACCCGGUAGAACCACUCAGUCCGCCCAGUGGCAUCAGAUCUGGAGUCAGAUCAGUGACACUGGAUGGACACGCAUGGUUUCACCUGCAGUUAAUGAUAGAUUUGAAUUGAAGAGUCACUUUUUCUACAGUUUUUUUCUAUUUUGAUAUAAUACACUG